AUGAAGUUCUCUGCUGCUAUCCUCGGCCUUGUUGGCAUUGCCACGGCCCUCCCUCAGAACAUUCCUGCUGUUGCUCCCAGGCAGCUUACCCGUCGCACUGGUGGCCGCCCGCAGCACUUCUCGUCGCCUAUCAGCAGAAACACCAGCUACCCUCAGUACUCGAGCAACUGGGCUGGUUCUGUCCAGAUCGGCACGGGUUUUACCAAGGUUCAAGGAACCAUUACGGUCCCAGAUGUGAGCGGUAGCAGUGACAGUGCUGCAAGCGCUUGGGUUGGUAUCGAUGGUGACACAUGCAGCACUGCUAUUCUGCAGACUGGUAUCUCCUUCUACGGCGACGGAUCCUUUGACGCCUGGUACGAGUGGAUUCCGGACUACUCGCACUCCUUCUCCAGCUUCGACAUUAGUGUCGGAGACAAGAUCUACAUGGAGGUCGACGCUUCUUCCAAGAAGGCCGGCGUCGCCACGCUGGAGAACCUGACCACCGGCAAGAAGGUCACGCACUCCUUCUCGAGCAGCAGCACACCCUCUUCCCUGUGCGAGACCAACGCCGAGUGGAUUGUCGAGGACUUUGAGUCUGGCGGCAGCCUCGUCCCGUUUGCAGACUUUGGUAGUGUCACCUUUACUGAUGCUUCUGCCACUGGCUCCUCCGGCACCGUCACUCCCCGCGGCGGCACCAUCAUUGAUAUCCAGGACUCGAGCAACAACAUCCUGACCGACUGCACUACUUCUGGAAGCGACCUCACCUGCAAGUACACUGGCAACUAA